AUGCAGGAGGAGAUAGCGUACCGUACAAUGCUACUGCCCAACUCCGGCUUCGCCAAGAAGGUGACGCGCCCGGCCGUCGUCAACACGAUGCCGGGAACGCAACUGACCAACAUUCGGAAGCUGGUCCGCACCACCACGUCCGCCAACCCAGCGCAUAGGCCCACCAUGGCCGAAAUCGCGCCACAAAUUCUCGCUGUGGCUUCGGCCGUGCGCCUCGCGAUGCAGCAGAACGCCACGCCGGUUGCUGCAGCAGCGACGGCGGCAGCGGCGGUUUCAGCGGCCCUUCCGAGCGGGGACUUCGAGGAAGUACAACCGCCGGCUCAUGCCAGCACCGGCAGCGCGGUGGCAGUGGAGGCCGGCCAGGCGGAUGCAGCAGGGCUGGUGGCGGUGAACGCGAGCGCCGACGUACCCUUGGCUGCCAUCCUUUACGGAGACGCAUUGCUUGCGGGCGGCGGCGGUGGCAGCAGCGGACGCGGCGGUGGCGGUGGGCGCGGCGACUCUGCAGGGGGCGCCCCCGCCGUCGGGAGUGGUGUUGGUGGCGGCCUGGACGGCGGGGACAGCACCGGAGGCGGCAGGAGCGCCGCCAGCGCUGCAGUCCCCCGACAAAUGGGCGCCGAGGUACAAGAGGCGGUAGCGGCGGCAGAGGGCAGAAGUGCGGAGGCGGUCAGCGGAGGGGGAGGAGGAGGCGGAUCUGAGGCAAGCGGCCGGGCAGGAGAGAGGGCCGUUGGAGAUGCCGUUGGAGGACAAGGCGCAGGCAUGGGACUCGAGAGGCUAGAGGGUCGGUAUGGAGCCAUCGACCACCCUCCCACCGGACGGCGCAAUUCUUCGUCUCCGCGCGCACACUUGGAAGGGCUCCUGCAGGGCGCCACCGGCGACGGAUUUGGGGCCAGGGCACUCUUGCGCUCAGCCCCCGCGGCGGCUGAUGCCGUCGAGCAGGCGGUGGGUGCGGCCGACAUUUCGGUUUCUAACGCACCCUCCCCGGCGGAUGUAGCAGCAGCAGCAGGAGCAGCGGGCCCGGUGGGCUCGAACAUCGGUCCGAUCCCAGCAAGCUCCAUCUUUGCGGCAGUUCCGGUACCGGAGAGCGGCGACGGUGCAGGCUUUUCUGCCCCCUCUUCCGUUGGAAGCCUCGGCAGCGAGGAAGGGGUCGCCGGCGAUGGGCCCGGUGACGGACGAGGCGGUGAAUUGGCUGACCCACAAAUGGCAAGCAUCCCCGAGGCGGAAGAGGAUGAAGGAGACGGUGAUGGGUGGGAGUGGGGCUGGGAGUUCGAUGGAGAUGACGGGGACUGCAGUGCGGCCGUGGGGUUCGGUGCGUAG